UUACGAUUUUACCCCUUUUUCGCUUCUAGGUAGAAUCACGCUUUUGACUGCAUUGUUCCCCGGUCAUAAUUAGCUCCCAAUUCCAUGUCGCCAGCCCUGUUCCCUCGUCCUCUGUGGCAAACCCCCAGGACAGUUCUCUAUUUCUUCUCCACCCUAUGUAUUUCCCUUAUUUCUGCCCCCACAUUUCUAAACCAAAUGCUCAAUACCUUCCACAUUUUUCCCAAUUGAAUCAGAGGAUGAGUGAAUGAAGAAAUAUGUUUACUUAUAGCCACCACAGUACAGUUACAACAUGCAGUCACUGCAUCCUGUUCAAAUUGAACCAGGAGAUAGAAGAGGAAGGUCAAGACUGUCUGGAUUACGAGAGUAACUAAUCGGAAUCAUAACUGGGUCCUCAUAACCUACAUAACCUCCACGGAUCUCACUGGAGGGUACCGAAUCCUGUCCUACCUCAACCCGUCCGAAUCCAAUCACACCAAACUCAAGCAAUUGCUCUUCAAUUUGAUCAAAUCCCGUCGCGAAUACGUGAUUUGCGAGUUCAAUUCCUCACUUACUGAGCUAUUUGAAGUGUUGGAGUACGAUCUGGCGACGAAAGGGAAAGCCGAUUUCGCCGACCCGAGCGAGCAUGCCGCUUUCAAUUUCCUCUUGCGGGCCGAAGGAAAUCGAGGAGGCCACCCUCCACACCGUCCGCCUCCCGGCGGCGAUCUUCCAGAGCGACUACCACCGCCUCUACGAAUUCUUCUCCUCCGCGACCGGGUUGGUCCUCGACGAGGCCGAGCAGUCGAGGAUCUCGAGGGACGAGUCCUGCCACAACAUCUUGUUCGCAAUAUGCUUCAACUCAUGGGGUGGGUUCAAGAUCCUUUUACCGAGCUUGAUGAACUGGAUCGGCCGGGCGAGUAUUGAGCUUCUUACCCGACUCGCUUAGGUAUGGAGUUGGAGGAAAGGGCGGGGUCGAGGGUGCAGGGGGUGCAGGUGAUUAUGGCCGGGAAGCGGCAGGGUCGACAGCAGCGGGCAGAGCUAGGGAUGGAAUUGGGAGCUGGUUUGGUUGCGGCUCCGGAUACUAUAACAACACUAUAAGUGUUGUUAUAAUAACAACAAGGGUAAAAGGGUUCAUUAACACAAUAUAUAACAAGAUAGAAUUUAAUUAAUAUAUAUUCGCUGGGUCGCUUCGCCUUUUCCGGUUUCUACAUCCCCCAACUCCGGCCCAAAUUCCGCCUCCCCUGUCCUGCAACGGCGGUAUUUUGAUUCUCGCCGCCUCUAGAAACACGGUUACCGAUUCCGGCGUUGGAGGCGCCGGUCCCCUCCUGUGAUGGGUCGUCAUUUCGAUCGCUCCUCAUCCGAUUCAAAUGCUUUGACGCACCCUCCGCCACCAAAAUCGCUGGCACCACUCCUCCAGGAGACGACGGAUCUACUACUGAGAGGGAAACGAAAUUGGAAGGGAGGAAAACAAUCUAUCUAUUCAUAUACGAAAUUCGACCAGAGUUUUAAUAUCCGGGAUGCAGAAAGGAUGAGGAGGGAGCUGUAGGCGGUGGAGAGAGAAUUCGAGGAGGCGGAAGCUUCGAGGAAUGAGUUGGAGGAGAAGAUAUGGGACCUGGAAGCAACGAUUGGGAAAAAGUUCAAGGAGCUUGAGGCAGUGGCCAUGGAUUGUAACCAGGAGGCUAGGAGGUUUGUUACUUGACUUUUUCUCCCUUCCUGUGACAUGGGAUUCUUGUUAGUCAAUAUUUCCUGUGAACCAAAUCUCUUCAUGCUUGCUUAGCUUUGUACUAUUUGUGCAUAACAAUGUCCUGGGAAGUACAGUUAACUCCGUUCACAUGUUUGCAGCUUCCUCCUUCUUGACUGAUAGGCUUUUAGAUGCUACCUGUUGUAUGUUCUUGAAGCAUAUACAGGUUUCUGAACCGUUUCAUCAAAUCAUUUAACAGGGGAGAGAAGAGAGGGAUCGGAGGAGUAACCUAGGACCGAAGAUGAUUUGACAGAGAGAAACGAUCGGCGGGAGAGAUUGGGCGUAGUGGAGAAUCUGAAGGAGACUGAACUUGGAGAUGAAGUUAAGGCUGCCGGUGAGCUAUUGGGAAGACGGCCGAGAGAUGGAUGAGACUGACGCUUUGACUCUUCCUCGAUGGACACUUCCCACUAUUAACAUUGUCGAUUCAACCCCAACCGCCAACAAUAAUGGUGAUUGUCCUGGAAAUCCACCUCUGAUGCUCUUAAAUCACUCAUGCAAAGAAGCUUAAUAGAAUGGUCAAGAAAGCAGAAGUAGUGAAGCACAACUUGAUGGCGGUAAAAUAAUAUUAAGGCUUGCGG